AUGGUGGUACUUCAAAAGACGGGCCGCCUUACACUCCGGCUGACGAUUGCGAUGAUUGUCAUCGCGGUGCUGUCUGUCGUCAUCCGAUUUGCGGCGCGGAUAAAAACACGCACCAAGUUCAAGAUAAACGAUGCGUUCCUUGUGGCCGGACUGUUAUCUUUUCUCGGAGUGGAAAUUAGUCUCCUCGCAGGGAUAUACACUUCCGGCGGUACCCUCGAUGAGUCGCAAAUCAAAGACCUGCAAGACCUAAUUAAUCUAUUUAAAUACGUCUUCGCGCUCGAAUCCUUCGUUACAACCGCUAUCACUUUAAUCAAAUUGUCAAUCCUUGCACUCUACCGCGACCUUUUCCCAAUUCAGCAAUUCCGGGCUUACACCGUUGUUAUCGGCACUCUAUGCUUGAUCUGGUAUAUCAUAUGCUUCCUGAUAAACAUAUUCCAGUGCACCCCAGUCAAGGCGGCAUGGCAGCUCGAUCUGCUGACGAAGGGAGAAGCGAAAUGCCUUGUUUACGGCCACUAUAUCAUUGGUUACGAGGUUUCCAACAUGUUGUUGGAUAUUACCAUUCUAGCGCUGCCCAUUCAUGUGUUGCAUACACUACAUCUAUCGCGGCCCCGAAAGAUCAUUGUCGGAGGACUAUUCGCACUAGGAGGAUUCAUUAUUAUCGUCUGCAUUAUUCGCACCGUGUAUUUGAGCGAUGCAACUCUUGAGAAUCCCGUUGCGUUAUACAACGGGUUGAACUGGACAUCGGUCGAGCUAGCAGUCGGAAUUCUCUGCGCUUGCAUACCAGUCUAUGGGCCCCUACUCCCCACGCAGCGAGCAGUUAAGGCCAUAACCAAAUGGUCCAGCCAGAAGACACGGGGGAAUUACUUUUCUUGGAUGUUCAAGUCAUCGUCGCGAUAUGAACAGCACCAAGGCGACAGCAACGAGCUGGCCGGGUUAUCUCAUCAGCAACUCACGGAGGAAUCAUCCAUACGACAAAAGAGAAGCUCAAAUAUCAGUGCGGUCUAA